GUAGAUUUUACCUAAGGAAUCACGACAUGUUGCAAGGACAAGCAUGGCUUCCACUAGAAGAAUUCUACCACUUUCAAGGAAUAUCAGAUUAUUGCGAACAUGUCCUUCUCAAUUUAAUACUCAGAGACUAAGAAGAGUUAAUAGCCUUUAUGCUUCCCCAAUUUUGAGGAUUUUCAAUCGAGGAUUUUGCGAACAUUCCACGGAAUCGUGGUGUCAACAAACAUUGGGAAAAAUUCAGUCUGAGAAAUUCCAAUUGGUCUUCACGUGUAAGGUGUGCGAUACACGGUCGACGAAGACUAUAAGUAAGCUAGCCUACAACAAGGGUGUAGUCAUCGUCAAGUGUCCGGGAUGCGAUAACAACCAUCUCAUCGCAGAUAACAUGGGCUGGUUCUACAACGAAAAGAGAAAUAUUGAGGACAUUCUAGCAGAAAACAGAGAACAAGUUGUGCAGAGAGCAGAUGGGAAUACAUUGGAACUCAUAGAGGAGAAGCUAGAAAAAGAAUAAGCACCUUGAACACAUUGUGUGACUGAUAGUAAUCUCGUUUAUGAAGUGAAGAGGAAUUAUAGACUAGAUAUUCCCUGAUUUGACUUAGAUACUCAUAUUUAAAGAUUGCAUUUCAUGAUUCUAUGAUUCUUCAGUAAUGUAAUGUGCUGAAAGUGGGGGGUGGGGGUGGGGGGAGGUGGGUUGAUGGUAAGCAUCUUUUCAUAGUUAGUAGUUAACUAUGAUCUUUUGUACCUCUAGCUACAUUGCUGAUUUUCACAUAUUAGACUGCCUAGAGCCAAUCAGAGGCAGCACAGUCUGCUCUUCAGUUCAGCAUACUUGGUUAGAAAGCCGAUAGUUAUUUAGGCUAAGUGUAGACAUGUGUAACAUAGCAGUGUAGCACAUAUGAGGCCUAUGUACUGGCCGAAAAAUUUCAAACAUUUGUUUACCAAACAUAGCAAACUACAGUAGAACCCAAUAACUUGAACUCUCAACAAAUCAUAAACCUCCAAUUAACACGAA